UCUCUCUCUCUCUCUCUCUCCGUUCACCGACCAACCGACCGACUCUCAGAAACAGACGAGCACCGUGUCAAACAGACGCUAGAUGUGGCGGUCCUAGCACCGAGGACGCCAACGACUCCCCCAACCACCACCACCACCACCACCUUCUUCUUCUUUUCGUUUUUAAGGACAUAUGAGUCUUGAAUAAAACAUUUCCGGGCAGCAUUCAUGAAAUAGCUCGACACUUCUCAGCAGGGAUAAACAAUGAUUUCGCCGUGGGACCGGUGGUACUCGACGAGCUGCUGCCUCUGCUGCCAUGUACGGACGGGCACCAUUAUCCUGGGAAUAUGGUACAUGCUCAUCAAUGCGGUCGUCCUACUCAUCUUGUUGUCGGCUCUCAAUGACCCAAUUCAGUACCGCUACCACCUUACCAGCUCCGAGCUGGGAACUGACAUCGAUGUCAUGGACGAUGCAAAUAUCUGCAUAGCCACUGCAAUAUCACUACUCAUGAUUCUUAUAUGCGGCAUGGCAACAUACGGUGCUUACAAGCAACACGCUGCUUGGAUCAUUCCAUUCUUCUGCUACCAAAUCUUCGACUUUGCCCUUAACACACUGGUAGCCAUUAGCGUGGUGGUUUACCCCAACACCGUGCAGGACUACCUCCAGCAGCUGCCGGGGACAUUCCCUUACAAAGAGGACAUCAUGUCCACCAACAACAUGUGCCUAGUUUUUGCAGUUCUUCUCUUCAUUGGCUGCAUCCUUUCCUUCAAGGCCUACCUGAUUGGCUGCGUGUGGAACUGCUACAGAUACGUGAGCGGCAGGGGCACCACAGAGGUCCUGGUUUAUGUCACCACCAACGACACCACGGUUCUGCUGCCACCGUACGAGGAGGCCAUCGCCAUCCCACCGAAGGAGCCCCCGCCUCAGUAUAUGGAGGCAUGAGAAACGUCUUCUAUGGAUCCCAAACACCCCGCCACCUGCCUCCCCAACACUUCCCACAAUGGCCGGAACACGUUGAAAAACAAGACACAACAACGUGUUAGAGGCUGGUUUCAGCCCGGAUUUGUGACUCUACCCAACAUUUAGAUUAGAUUAGGGAGACCCGGAGCCAGUAUUUCUAUCAAUCUUGCCCAACCGCCGCCCCUCGUUGUUGUGACGUAUCAUCCUCCCCUCUCCUCUCCUCUGUCCUCCUCCAAGGACAUUAUCGCAGCAACUUCCAACUUCUCCCCCCUCCUCACCGCCGCCACCACCACCACCUCCAACCCUCCCCUCUUGGCAGCUGCUGUCCCCCCCCUGGCAGCGUCUAAACUCUUGCACGCUGAACACUCUGUCCCAACUUAAUUUGCACUUUUCUUUGAGUGAAUCGUGCAGCGGUCUGGCCACCAACUGUUAACACCCCCUCCCCGCACCCCCUCAAUACUGUGAAUCUCCCUCGUGGUCUUUGUCUAGAAACAAACUACCUGAAGAGAGAUAGAGACAGAGAGAGUGAGAAGGAAAAAAGCGACAUACACGAUCAGUUAUGCAAGAGCACUUUUUUUUUCAGAAGUUGAAAAAUUCCUUCUUUGAAUGUAACGUCGGGGUAUUUUUGUAUGACUUUUUUGUAUAACAGUUUAAAAAAAAAAAACUGAGAAAAAAGAAGCGAUUAGGAAAAAGGGUGACCUGUUGUGAUAAAAUAUCAUCUGUUGUAUUGAUGUAGCUUGUCCUGCAGGAAAUCAUGCUGAAAAGGGUUCCUUGACCAAUAACAAGUACGUCUUCCUUUUGUAUCUGCUUAACACACCGUCUGUAAACCUAUAACCCAUCAACUGCCAGUGAAAACCGUGGUUCACCCUCCGAUUUUUAAUCCAGUUUGCCUUCCUGUUCCAAGAUCUCAAAAAGUUAAGAACGACUGGCAUUCGUUUGUAAUCAUCCAGUGAAGCACUUAAUCACAAACCUAAUUGUUUUACACAUUUGCACUCUACAGAUUCCAGACGUACAUCGAGGCAAUACACGAAAUCUAAAAAAAAAUGUGUGAACGUUAGUGUGUGUGAAAAUGUUUCGGUUGAGACGUCUGUCUUGUGUUCCCAAACGAGUUGCAGCUGCAAUAGCAUCGACUGUGUCUUUAUGAUUAUUAUUUUUUUCUUUUUUCUACAAGGAUCAUGGUGGUAUAUUGUGAUCUUUUUAGUUGAGCUAACUUAGCUGGACUGAGGGCAUUUUCCUAUAAAGACGGCGUGACAUGCUGCUGUACGUGCAGACACUGUGUGUGUGUGUAUGUGUGUGUGUGUGUGCUUGCCCGACCUUAUGACAUAACUCCUUUAUAUGUAGUAACGUUUCUUUUGCACAUACAGUGAUAUCAUGUCGAGAUAUUUCCUGUGCUGGUGACCUUUUUUUUUUUUUUUUUCUCAGAUUAACGAUUGGAUGGGAUCUAAAGCAUUGAUUUAGUUUAGCAUAGUAGCACAAAAUCAAUAUACAGUAUAUGAAGCUAGUUAACCAGAUGCUUGUUUUGCCUGUUUAGGCAAUCAGUCGAGCAUUAUGAGAAUUAAUAACGGAAUAAAUAAUAUUAGAUAUGCUUAAUCCCAUCGUUUCCAACUAUUCCCAAGUAGUAUCUGCUACCAACAGUAAAAAAAGAAACGUUCAGACUAUGCAACAGUGCAUCCAACGACUCUUUAGACCUGGAUAAUACCAUGAAGUAGUACUCCAUUUGAUACUAAUACUGUAGUUGAUAAUGUAGCCAUUUGUCGGCCCCCUUUCAUUGUUGUCCUUGUGUGAAUUAUGUACGCUUUUGCUUUUGCAAAUCCAACAAAAUCCGAAAAAUGAAAAUUGCACUUUAAAGUCAGUGUGAGCUCGCUGAGGACUGACAUGUUUGUGUUUUGUUCAUCUGUAACACGGUAAAGUCAUCAGCCGCUCUUGUCCGGAUGACACGAGCUUAAAAAAAAACAAAAACACACAAUACAGAAGUGAGUGUCUCGACGUCAGUGUUUGUGCGAUGAGACAGAAAAGCUGCAGAGCUGUUUGAGAUGCUCGUAUAGUCGAAGGAGGAAAUGUCUUGUAUCUGAACCCGUGAUCUGGCUGAUGACCCAUUUUAUUCGAAUCACUCAAGACUGUUUUUCAUCGCUUUCCAUUCACACACAUCCUGUUGUUGGAUCUGCAUGAGCUCAUGUCUUCAAUUCUGAAUAAAAAAAACCCAACAAAAUCAA